UGGACGCGUACUUCAUUGUCGUUGCCAGAGUGUUGGGAGUGGAUCGUAAAUAAUGUUCACUGGAUUGCCGAGACUGGCCGUAACAUAACACAGCAUCACCAGUGGAUGCACACAUCCCUCGAUGAGUUAAUUCUUAUUUUACGUGAGCUUUUAUAAAAUGAAGUCAAGUGAAUCAUUACUAUCGACGUUGACGGUUUGUCUCUUCAUGUUUCAGAGGAGUUUGGGUGCUUGUUCAAAGAAUUGGGUGGAGUAUAAUGGAGUGUGUUAUAAGCUCGGUCAGACGUCAGUUGAUCACGAGGCUGCAAAACGAGAUUGCGCAAGAGAUUCAAACGGACGACUGGCGUCAAUCAAAACCAAUCAAAUGGCGUAUUACAUCAAAACUGCUGUUUCACCUCAGGGAAAUGUGUCCACUAUAUGGUCCAGAUAUAUUUUACAAAAAGUCGGGAACACUGUUCGUCGUCCUUGAUGGUGAAUCGAGAGUCAAUGACUGUAUCAGCUGUGCGUCUUUGAUUGACACUUUUUUGGCUGAACGGCCCUGCAUUGUGAUUGGUGACAUUUCUGCCGUGGCUGCUAAUUGGAUGGUAGUUAACUGUAGCUCCUCCUAUGGUUAUAUAUGUGAAGCGUCUACCGCUCCUGAAACAGGAUUGCAACCGGGGGAUUUUGCAGCAAUCGGCUGUGGGAUUUUUCUCGUGGUUAGUUUCAUCGUUGUCAUGAUCGUGGACCUCAUCAAAAACCCAGCUGCUACGGCUCCAAAAGAUACACGGCCAAUCGAACCAUAGGGGCAGUCGUGUUUACAGUAUUUCCAGACAGCUGAUUCAGGCACGGCGGGGCGGGGAAGAGGGCAUCAAAAGUAUUAUUGGUAGUAAAUGUUAAGACAGAGAUGAAUUUUACUUGUUGAAUGCAGGAAAUUGCAUUUCAGGACAUCUAGUUUUCAACAUUUUACGGGGGAGCAUAUCUUGACCCCCCCCCCCCUCCUCCUCUAGAAACUUUGCUUUGCGUCCUCGGUCUGUCAGCCCCCCCCCCCCCUCUCCCCAUGUCGUGUCUGUGAUUGGUCGAAAGUUAGUUUACGAAGAGUAUGUGAACACUAAAGCAAGUGCUGAACCGUGAUCGCAGACAGUGACCAUGAGAAAUAUAUUUUUAAAAAUCAAAACAGAGGGUCGACCUUACCUCAGUCCUGCCAUCCCACUUUGAGGACGAACUGCACUUUACCAAUAUUCUCUCUCAUAUUUAUUAGUACUAGCACACGGGCGUAGGAAGCGGGAGGGGGGGGGGGCAAGGGUGGAAUGCGCCCCCCCCCCCUCACACACAUAUUUUUCGUAAAUUUUGCUUUAUAUUUGCUUUAUAAUAGUGUAAAAUUGUGUAAAUAUAAAAAGUGUGUCCCACCACCACCACCACCACGUUUUGGCAUUUUCCUACACCACUGUUGCAUUCAAGACAGCACCUCGACCCCGGUUAUAUCCCACCGUCUUCGUUCAGUUAAUACAUCUAAAAUUAUUUACGAAGAAAGGAAAAUAGUAUUAUCAAAAAU